GGUUCCUCUGCGUUUGUUCUUCCUGUGCCUCAGCAUAUUUUUCCUGGUGGUGAAUUUAACAUGUGCAUUGUUGGUGCAAGGAGCUCUGGAGCGCUCUGAAUCACCGAGUGAUGGGGGUAUCAGACAUGCAGUCCUGGCCCGGGUCUUGAUCAACGACACUCUGUUUGUCCUGUGUGCUGUCUCUCUGGCUGUCUGCAUCUUCAAGAUCGUCAAGAUGUCCUCUGCCAACGUUUACCUUGAAUCCAAAGGUACAUCAGUGUGCCAAGCGACAGCCAUCGGAGCCGUGGUGAUUCUGCUCUACACAUCCAGAGCCUGCUACAACCUGGUGGUGGUGGCCCUGUCGCCACAGGACAGACCCAGUCCCUUCAACUACGGCUGGUACAGCGUCUCUGAUCAGGCCGAUGUGCAAGAGAUCAGCGGUGAAGCCUACAUCGUGUUUGGGAUCAUUCUGUUCUUCUGGGAGCUGCUACCUACAACCUUAGUGGUGGUUUUCUUCCGGGUCCAUAAACCCAACCAGAACCUGGCUCCAGGAGGGAUGAUCAACAGCCACAGUUUCAGCUCCAGAGCUUAUUUCUUUGACAACCCUCGGCGGUACGAUAGUGACGACGACCUGUCCAGAAGCAUUAAUAGUAGGACUGAUCGGGCCAGUCUCCUCUCCACCACCCCCCAGCUGGGUACGUCUAGUUGGUACGGGUCCAUCCAACGCAACGGGACUCUGACAGCCGGCGUCGCGCCUGCCCAGCAGCCGCCAUCUUCCACGGCCCCCCUCCUCUUCGCCUACGGAAACAUCCAGAGUCACAAUCACCACCAUCACAACUACUACUCCACCCCGCAGAACAACAACUACCACCAUCAUCAUCACAGUAACUUCUAUUCCACGCCACAGAAUUACUACUGCGGGUCGCAAACGUAUUUUUGCACGCCACAGAAUUAAGCGCCGUCCAUCGUAAAAAAAGAUUGGAGAAGAAGAUUGAGUAAUAACUAACAUUUUCCUGCGUUUUUGUCACCAUUUCGCUUCCCCAGAUGCAUCAAAGUAGAUACGUCUGAGGCACUGCUCCGAAUCAGGUUGGGCCUAAAAACUGGUCCGCCGAAUUAUUUCAAGAGAAAUGUGGCGGCAUCAGCAACUGGGAAGUUGUUGUGUCACGACAAAACUGCUUUUUAGGACACCAACGUCUUUAAGUGAGAUGUAUGGACCAGAAUGAAAGCAAGCGCAGACCACAAAGAAAAGGUUUAGCACUAAUAUGGCUAAUACAUAUAAAACUGCAAAGACCAAACCUUUUCUGUUAACUAUUUUGUUCAGAAUAGUUUUCAUUUCCUAAGACUGGAAUCAGGGACCAGAUAAUCAUCGCUCUUGUCAUCCUUUACCCCCGUUUUCCUUGUAAAUUUCAUCCAAUCGUGCUUCUAUGGAACGUGCCAUUCUGCUCAGACAGGAGCCACGAAGCUAACGUGGCUAAUAAUGCAGAAGCUGGUCUGUCAGUCAACACUUCUGGACGCAAAGACGUUAUAUUCACUCAUCAUUUGUCAAACUAUUAUUUGGGUUUGUCAAAAGUGGGUUGUGUGACUGUUUUCAACAGACAUGCAUAGGAUACUUAGCAUAAAAAAGGGUCAUUUAGGCUGGAAAAGGACGGUGGCGGAUUCUGGCCUGCUAGCUGAAAGACUCUUUCUGACAAUGAAAACCAAAUGAUAUGCGUCUAUAAAGGGCAUUUCAUGGUGUUUCUCACUUUUAGGUCUGGUUACGUAUGACAGGAAUUAGCUGUUGCUAAUUUGCCAUCGGCCGUUGUAGCAGUGGGAGCUAGCUUAUAGCCAAUGCUAACUGUUAUCUUAAACGCAUAAUCUGUUUAACCAAGAAAAUUCUCACAAACCAAAAAACAACAAGCUCAUCAAACUUCCAUCCAUCACAGACUUUUGUGACGUUUGUGUUCAUUUUUGGUGCCACAAAACUAGAAAGCUAGCAAGCUUAAGACUUCCGCCUGCGUACUCGGUCCUACUUUACUGGAUUAUUGUUUAGUCAACAUGUAAAAUAAGCUUUUCAUAACUCUCAUAACUGACUGUAAUCAACAGACUGGUCUAUUCAUCUCAGUGUUCACAAAUAUCAUCCAUAUAAACUGCUUACAGCCGCAAAUUAAAUGUGAAAUUUAUAUGUAGCUGCCAUAUGGGUGUUAUUGUCAAUCUGAAUAGCACUAGCUUGGUCAAUAUGUAAGUGUGUACAAAAACAAUGUAACAUCAAAACAAACGCAUUAUAAAAACAAAUAGGGGGAGGAACAGUCAACAGAGGACUUUAACAUCUGCUCCCUCAACACGCUGCUGUUGGAUGAAAUAAGUUUCCUUACCCACAGUUAUACCAUGGAAACUACGUGAAAACCUAAGACAGGAGGGCCGUACACUGUCAAGUUGUUAAAAACAUAUCAAAGAUUUACUCGGCAGUAGCAUGAUCAACAUAAUUUGGACAAUAGACAAAGGAAAACGAAUUUCAUUGUCCAUCAACAGGGUGGAAGUGUCUCUAUGAUGUAUUUUUGACCAAAAACCUUUUAAUGUAAUUUGAUCCUUUGUGAGCUGCGAGGCAACAAUUUGCACUUAUUAAAAGUUCACCUUCGGAGGAAAAAGGCUUCGGGCCCCGAAUGUAGGAUUUCAUCUCCUACUGGUUUUAUGUAUUUUCUUCGAUACUCGUCUGUAUUCUACAUUUUACUAUUUAUCCUUUGAGAAAGGAAAUAUCAAUGUGCCAUCACAUUUUGUCAUAUCUAAUAGUUUCAUUCCUUGAGGAGAAUAUUUUUGCACAAGAAAUGGUUGGAUGAUGUGUUUGAUUGUUUGUGAGUUAAUCGAUUUCUAAUCCAUGUGUGACAUUUUUGAGUCGGGAUGUGUGUGUGUGUGAUCUUAGAUUUUUGUUGAAGUAUGCUUUUAUAAUAUUAUUUUUAUUGUUUAACAGAUUUUAUAUUUUAUUUUGUAUCACUUUCCCCUCUCUCUCUCUUAUCGUUAUUCAUAAUCUCACGAACCUCAUGGCCGACAACAGUUCACUUUGAAGGAACAUUUUCAUAUAUAACCAGGUUCUCAGACCAAAAUCAGUGUAUCUGUGCUUAACUUAAGUUUGUUCGGACUGAAUGGAGAAAAAAAAAAACGCUGCCCAUGUGUUCUUGAACAACUCGGUACUUUUAACUUCAGCUGUCAAUCUGUAAAUGACCAUGUAAACUUAGACUUCAUACAAAGAAAAGAAAAAAAAAACCAUCACUUGUAUCAAUGAAAUACAGGGAUGGAAAUGAAGUUGCCGGUGUCGGGGUCCAGCUGGUCACCUAUUUCAGAAAACAUCUGCAGUGCAUGCUUCUGCAUCAGAGCGUAAGAACUCAGUGUCAUAUUUUAUUUCCAGGGUGAUAUUAUAAGUUGUGUGAAAUUGUUAUUUUGCUCUAUCUGCUAUAAAAAAGAAAAGGCAGUGAUAAUUGUUUAAUGUUAUGGAUUGUUUUAUCCGUGGCCAUACUGAAUGUAACCUAUUGUGUGACAGAUCACUAAUGAUGUAUGCAAGAAAAGCACUACCAUGUUUAAAUAAAGGCCUGCACUGUUUUUAAGACAA